GUGGUUCAUCUCUGUUCUAUGUCUUAUAUACAUUUAAUUACAGGGAGUUCGGAGUGCUUCGCUUUCGCACAGAAAGGGUGCUUGCUGCAGCAGUUCACAGCCAGAGUUCACAGCCAGAGUAGUUGAAAGCCAGAUUGCCCAGAGCAAUGCCUGAUGAUUUGUCAAACGUGAGGAACUUGCAAGACCUUGUGGCUCUAGAAGUCAGGUUGGUGUUAGCCUGGUUGUUUGGUCUGAGUGCUGCUGCUCCACUGACUGUGGGUGAAGAAACACCGCAAGAAUCGAAGCCGAAGUUCAAGCCGAACUUUGUGAAGUUUGUGAUUUCAACUUCAUCCUCAAAGCCUUAUGAGCACUUUCUGGGCAAUGCCCGAGGCAAAGCAAUGGUGGAAAAGUGGAAGGCUGCCAUCCGUCUCUACAGCGAGAACAGCGUCUAUGCUCAAAUGAACCAGGCUUUGCGCCACGACGACAUGACUGGGCUCAAGGAGUACGGCAGCUUGAUCAACCUCACCAUGCAGCCCUUUGGUCUCAGCGCCAUGAAGACUCACUCGGUUCUGAAGCCUUUUGUCGGAACUGUGUGGAGGGGAUGCAACCUGUCUUCUUCUGACCUGCAGAAAUACGAGGUGGGAGAGGUGGUACUUUGGGAGGCUUUUUCGUCUACUUCUACAAGUCCCAGUAGUGCUUUCAAGGGCAAUGUCGUUUUCGAGAUCCACUGCAACAAGGCUCUAGAAGUACAGAAGGGGGAUGAGCAUGAGCUAAAGGACCUGUUCAAUGACCUCAUUGUGCCCGCACAGAUCCACCACCUGUCCAAGUAUCCGAAUGAAAACGAGGUCCUUUACCCACCAUACACCAAAUUCAGACUUGUGAGUCGCACAGACAUGUUAUUAACCACCAACAUUGUGCUGGAGACGAUGGAGUUUCCAAGUUUGUCAUUGUUGGCAGAAGAGGGCAAGUGGGAGGAGGUCAAGAAAGGCUUGCACGCGCGGCAAGAGCAUUCAGAUGAAAGCUCGCCAGCUUGGUUCACACAACAUGCUUCAACGCUCUUGCCUACUAUCACCAACAAGAUUGUGAGUGAAGGCUCAAACUCCGGAGGCCUCAACAUCAUCACCCAAUUGCAGGCCUAUGGAAGUGACGUCACCGCUGCACAUGAUCAUCUGAUGGAGGCAGGCCUCGACCAUUCCGUGAAGCUCCCGGCGAACCACGCGAAAUGGUACUUUGAUGCAGUGGAACUCAAUGCAGAUGACAAGCAACUCUCAUCGCGAAUUUGUCUCUACAACGGCCGUCACUGGCAAGAAUACUUCGCAAGGCAAGCUACUGUCAUGGAGAAGUGGUACAAAGGAGGUCAACAAGGAAAAUGUCAAUUCACCGUUGUCAACAACAUCGGCAAGAAGGUGCCAUAUGUGGUUUUUGCAAGUGAAGGAAAGAUCUACCAGAAGGCUGUUGGUGGUGGCAUGAUUGGGAACUCGCGGGAAGUUUGGCGUGCUCCUUCAUAAGCAAGGGCUUGCGGCAAACUAGGCUUUGCAGAGGAGAUGUAGUACAUCCCGUCACAUCCCUGCUUUCCCUUUUGACGUUCCUUUACAUUUUUGGUGUGACAGCAAAAUGUGAUCACCUUGAUCACCAGUCAAUUACACAGACGCAUGAGCCAGCAAAUUGAUGCAUGUGAGCCGAGCUUGCUUUUGGGUUCUCCGCCUUGUAGGCAUGUCCACCAAUCAUAUGUCCG